AUGGAUUCUUCUUGGCUGUGGGCUACCGUCCGUGUCACUGCUCACACACCACUCGAGGCCUUGCGCCUGCAGCUGGAGCGGUCUAGGAUUCGUCCGCUCGACUUACACAUUCGGUUCGAAGCAUCCAAGGAAUCGCUCACUCAACCUACACCGGUGUCCUUCGCGCUCUCUGUCUUGGAUAUACUGCUGGAUCAUCUUCCCCGCUGGCGGCAGCUGCGCAUUGUCAGCCCGUUCCCUAAACUGGUCGGGGCGAUGUUGGCGCGUCUCGGCGGUACUGGUCUUCGUGCACCCAUUCUCGAGGUCUUGGAAGUAGACUGUCCCUUCCAUUCUAUCCUUCUGGGCGGGAACCCGAAUGGAUACCCAAGACCGUUUCCUGGCGGCGCUCCUCGGCUACAGCAUAUUCGUCUGGAUCACUGUGGCUUCUCGCUAUCUGCGGACGAACCCUUCCCGCAGCUCACCUCUUUCGAAAUCGCAAGCGCUCCCUGGACGUUGGUCGAUCUCCACAGCCUAGCAACGACGUCGCCCCGGCUCACAUACCUCUCGGUGCGUUCCAGCUACAAACUCGAAGCGAACGUAGAGCUGCACUUCCCCGCCCUGCGCUUCCUGAAGAUCGGCGACUACUUCCAAAACGACACUAUUCUGCGCGUGCUGCACGCGCCGGCUCUCGAGGUUCUCCAGAUAGAAGAGAUGGAGAUCGAGCACUACAGCUUAGCGGGUCGCUACAUCGAUGCGCUGCGCGGCGAGACGUACGAAGGAACACCACAGGGCAAAUUUCCCCGACUCCGCUCAUUGCGCCUCCACAUGACCGGGCGGCCUGAAGAGCCCUCCCCGCUCAUCGUUGGGGCGCGGCUCGGCGAGUUUCUUGGACUCUUCCCAAGCAUCGUGCACCUCGCCUUCGCCGGCUUCCACGUGCAUGCGUUUGCACAGGGCUUCCUCGAGCUCAUGCAGGCACCCAGUGUCCUGUCUUCCCCGGCCGCAGGGGUGCUCCCGCGGCUGGAGCACCUUACGCUUGGCACGGACCAGGAGCACGAAUCCGCGGCGUUCGUGAACGGGUGGGGUCCCUUGUUGUUCGAUAUGGUGCGCGCGAUCGUGGUUGCACGUAGAGCGGCGGGUCGGCCACUGAAGAAGGUACAAGUCCCUCCUCCAGUGCUCGUGCGGCUGAGACGUGUGCUCGGGACGAGACUGAUGCUGAAGAGACUCGAGCAACUUCCUGGUGUUGACCUCGAAGGCGUGCAGAUGCCCUUCACGUCUGAUGUGUGGCUCGGGUACAGGUGGGCGCUGCGGGUCCAUUAG